AUGGAGAAAUGCAAAGUUCUGCAUCUGUGGAGAAACAACCCUAUGCUGGGUGCCACCCAGCUGGAAAGCAGCUUGGCAGAAACUGACCUGGUGGUCCUGGUGGACACCAAGUUGAACAUGAACCACCUUCAGGGUGUGCCGGUGGCUUACGACAACAUGAAAGUGGUGGGUGAGCUCGGGGACAUUUACGACGACCAAGGAUUCAUCCACCUGAACAUCGAGGCGGAGUUCGUCAUCUUCAGCCCCAAGAGAGGGAAAAAACUGGUGGGUGUAAUUAAUAAAGUGGCCCCUAGUCAUAUUGGCUGCCUGAUACAUGGAUGCUUCAAUGCUUCUAUCCCUAAACCUGAACAAAUGUCCAUUGUACAGUGGCAAGAGCUGGGGUUUAAAAUAGGGGACGAACUGAAAUUUCAAGUAUUGCACUUGGAUUCUGAUGCAGCUGGGGUGUUCUUCAUUCGAGGAGGACUCACUAAAAGCAGCAUGCAGUCCAAACAAUCUGAGACCGUCACUGACAGUACAAAUGGAGUUGAAAUUCAAAAGCUUGACAACCAGGAAAAUGGCUUUAAUGACUCUGGGGGAGAUAAUGUCACAGAGGAGCCUCUAGGGGAAACAGAUAACGCUGGGAGGGAAAAUGCAGAAGAGCAAAGUGUAGAUGCUGUGAAUGGAGUAUGUGAUGAUAAAAACAAGAAGAAGAAGAAAAAGAAAAAACAUAAGCAAGAAGGACAGGAACAUGUGUUGCCUACCAGUGACUCCAGUGGUUACCAAAGUGACCAUAAAAAGUCAAAGAAAAAGAAAAGAAAGCAUUGUGAUGAAUUCAAAGAAAGUGAAUUAUCUCAGCUGUCACAAGAGCCCAAAGCUAAAAAGAAAAGGGACUAA